AUGGCUGAAGUUCCCACUUUCAAGCUCGUCCUCGUUGGUGACGGUGGUACCGGCAAGACCACUUUCGUCAAGCGUCACUUGACUGGAGAGUUCGAGAAGAAGUACAUCGCCACUCUCGGUGUCGAAGUCCACCCUCUUGGUUUCUCUACCAUCCAGUUCGAUGUUUGGGAUACCGCAGGUCAGGAGAAGUUCGGUGGUCUCCGUGACGGUUACUACAUCAACGGACAGUGCGGUAUCAUCAUGUUCGAUGUUACCUCGCGUAUCACCUACAAGAACGUCCCCAACUGGCACCGUAAGCUCCAAACACCUCCCAGCCCCGCCUUUUUCGCAGGCCCAAGAUUUCCAGCCCCGCUAACAUGCCCCACCCACAGGNNUGACCUCGUCCGUGUCUGCGAGAACAUCCCCAUCGUUCUCACCGGUAACAAGGUCGAUGUCAAGGAGCGCAAGGUCAAGGCCAAGACCAUCACCUUCCACCGCAAGAAGAAUCUCCAGUACUACGACAUCUCUGCCAAGUCCAACUACAACUUCGAGAAGCCCUUCCUGUGGCUCGCAAGAAAGCUUGUCGGCAACCAGACUCUUGUACGUCUUUUCUCGACUCUGUCACGACUGUCGCGUGUUGCUAACAAUCACUCCAGNGACUUCGUCGCUGCUCCCGCCCUUGCUCCCCCAGAGGUCCAGGUCGACGAGGCUGUUCUUAAGCAGUACCAGGAGGAGAUGGCCGCUGCCGCCGACAUGNNCCCCCUCCCCGACGAGGACGAUGCCGACCUCUAA